AUGGAAGCAGCAGACAAAGACAAACCCCUCCCAGAAAUAUCCCAUUCUAAGGACGAUGGAAAAAACAAAAAUCACAACGAUGACAAAAUUACCACCAAGGACAACCACCCAGAAAAACCCGACUCCACGGGUCAAGAUUCAUCCAAAAAGCAUGAAGAAACUCAGACCCCAUCUCCCCACAAACCGCCUUCAGAUGCCGCCGAACAACCCAAAACUGAAGCUGAUGACAAACUGGAGAUCAAAGAUCCAAUAGAAAAGCCAGACAAAGAGAACCCGAAACCCGAAGCAGAAGAAGAAAAGGAAGAAGAAAAGGAAGAAAAGGAAGAGGAAUCUCCCCCUCCCCCGCCACCUCUAGAUCCGAAAAAACUCUUUGAAGAAAUCGAUGAAUACAUCAUCACUUUAUCCGAAUCCUCCAAAGACGACAAACAAACUGAACCCGUCCCUCCUCCUCCGGACGUCCCCCACGCGGUCCACCAAUUCGCGACCCUCGUCGAAGCCAGAGUCAGAGACUACGACUCGGUCGAGAGCCCCGUGAGGUGGGCCCGCCUCACGGAGGAAGACUCUUCCUCAUUCCUCGAGGUCGUCAACCGUCUCUCUUCCCUCUCGAACGCGCUCUCCCGUUUCUUGCCCGACAAGAAAUACGCCGAUGCCCUCAACCACGCCGGGGACAUCCUUGAGCGCGUCAUGUCGUACGUGGAGGAAGAAUUCAAGUUGCUUCUACGAAAUUACGAUUUCGACCACCACCACAUUGAAGCAAAGCCUAAGCAACCGCCUUCUCUACCAUCGGAGGAAGUAGAACCAGAGCAGGACUCAGCAGUCGAACCAGAUUCAAAUCCGGAUCCGGACCCCACCGAGGAAAAAGAGAACACCUUUUUCCCCGGAUAUCCAAAAGAGACGUUAUCUCAUCUGAUCCAACUUUCCGAGGUAAUGAUUGGCGGCAGCCAUGAAGCCGAGUGCCACCAAGUGUACCUUAUGGCAAGGCGCACUGCAUUGGAGGAUGGACUCCACAAGCUCGGUAUGGAAAAGUACAGCAUAGACGAGGUCCAAAAAAUGCAAUGGGAGACGCUCGAGCAAGAGAUUGCCACCUGGAUCUCCACCCUCAAGCACUGCUCAGUCGUCCAUUUUCCCGGCGAGAAGAAUAUGUCGUCCACAGUCUUCUCCCGCCACCCGCUCCUGUCCGAGACCCUGUUCUGCGCCCUGGCGCAGAACAUAGUCAACCAGCUCCUCAACUUCGCAGGGGCCAUCGCUCUAACCAAACGCGCGACCGAGAAGCUUUUCAAGUUCCUCGACAUGUACGAGACCUUAAGGGACACCCUCCCCGCCGUCGAGAGCCUAUUUCCGGAAGAUCCAGCCGACGAGAUCCGGACAGAGGGGUCCGUGAUAAGAAACCGACUCGGCGAGGCCUCGAUCUCGAUCUUCGUCGAACUCGAAGGCUCCAUAAAAUCCGACUCCGGCAAAACCCCUGUCCCAGGCGGGGCUGUCCACCCACUGACUCGCUACACGAUGAACUACCUCAAGUACGCGUGCGAGUACCGCGAGACCUUGGAACAAGUUUUCCGCGAGCACCAGAAGAUCGAACGCGCAGACUCGUCCAACUUCAGCUACGACGCGUCGCAGGCUGCAGAAACCCAACCGAGCAACGAGGCCUCAGAGAGGUCCCCAUUUCAGAACCAGAUGGUGAAAGUGAUGGAGCUUUUAGACUCGAACUUGGAGAGCAAGUCGAGGCUGUACAAGGACCACGCGCUGGGGUCGAUCUUCAUGAUGAACAACGGGCGGUACAUACUGCAGAAGGUUCGGGGUUCGGUGGAGAUCAAUGAGGUUUUGGGGGACACGUGGUGCAGGAGGAGGUCUUCGGAUUUGAGGCAGUACCAUAAGGUGUAUCAGAGGGAGACUUGGGGGAGGCUUCUGGGUUGGCUGCAUCCGGAAGGGCUGACGUCGAACGGGAAGGUGGCGAAGCCGGUGCUGAAAGAAAGGUUCAAGAGCUUUAAUGCGAUGUUUGAUGAGAUACAGCGGGCGCAAGGGGGAUGGGUUGUGAGCGACGAGCAGCUGAGGUCGGAGCUGAGGGUGUCGAUAUCGAAUAUGGUGGUGCCGGCGUACAGGUCGUUUUUGGGGAGGUAUAGCCAGGUGUUCACGGCGGGGAGGCAGACGGAGAAGUAUGUUAAGUAUCAGGCUGAGGAUAUUGAGAAUAUUGUGGACGAGCUGUUUAAUGGGAAUGCGGCGCCCGUGGGGAAGAGGAAGACGUGA